AUGGCCAAGGUUCCUUCGCUGCUCUCCAUCCGACCCCGAUUCUUGUCCACAAAAGUCCUUUUGCUUGGUGCUAUCACCACCUUUGUGAUCACACUCUACACAUUCUCUUCUUCACACCCUUUUCGUUUGUCAAACUGGUCUUCAAUAUUCUCAUACCAGCGACAGCAUAGUUCAUGCACUCCAGAACAGUGGUCCAAUGGGCGUUGGGUAUAUAGCCCGACGUCUGACCUGGUAAAUUUAACGCGUCCGGAAGAAGCACUUUCCUUAGCGGGCUUUGAAGGUUGUGCUGCAGACCGUGAAUACCACUGGCAUCUAGGCACAGACCACGAAGAACAAUGGGACAGAUUUCCUAAGGUCUCUUCGUACAGAUGGUUGCCUUCGAGCCAGUGUGAUGUACAUCCUCUCAAUGGCGCAGCGAUGGUCAAGGACAUGGUAACGAAUGGCGGAUGGCUUUUACUGGGCGACUCGAUAACAGAAAACCAUUUCUUUUCGCUGUCGUGUCUGUUGUACCCGCACGUCCGUGCAACCCCGAAUUACACAGAAAAUCCCUACUUUGACCGUGCAUGGCAACAACAUUUAUACCUGUCGCCGUCGUCACCCCUGAUACCCGAAAUCACUAUGCCGGAGGGCUUCUCCAUCGAAAACACACCACUCGUUUCAUUCCGACGUGUUGACCUGCUUCUUAACGGAACAGAAAUAGACGCGUUAUACCACAGUUCAGCAUUUCCCGUUGAACCCGCCGACUUCAACAGUCAAAAUCCUAGUUCUCAAUACACCAAGGCAGACACCGUAUUCGGCGAAGAGGCAUUUUGGUCGCUUUCCCCAUCAGAAUACAUGGCCACAUUCCUUGAUUCACCUCCGGAUGCCAACUAUGGCACGCUGGUUGUGAGUACUGCUGGACACUGGACAACAACCGCAUUCCGUGCAUUUCGCGACGAGGACGCUGGAGAAGAUGCUGGUUAUGGUAUCCAUAAUGUUCUUGCGUUCUUCAAGGUUGCGAUGCGGACUUGGGCAGGCGAAGUGCAGAGCGCCAUCGCAGACUACCAUAAAAAUGGGGGCAGACGUCCAAAACAGGUAGUCGUUAGAGCGUAUCUGCCCGGCCACGAGAAUUGCCACAACAUCUUCGAGCCUACGGAGACAAUUACGCCAUGGGUUUAUAAGUGGUAUAAUUGGCCAUGGAUUGCGGACUUCAACACAGCAUUCCAGGAGCUGCUGUCAUCACCCGAGUUCCCGGACAUCCAUUAUCUUCCGAUUGAGAGACCGGGACGGCUGCGCCCUGAUGCUCAUGCCUCUGGAGAUUGUUUGCAUCUCAUGACAGGUACCGGUGUUCUCGAGGGAUGGUCACACUACAUCUGGCAUUUUGUCACACGCGAACUCAAGUAG